AUGUUGAGCAAGAGGAAUUCAAUAGGUUCAAGCUCAACCACGAACAGCUCCAAUCCGUCGCUCACCAACGGCAAACACGAACAGGAUAUCUUCAGGGCCGUCAAUGAAUACUACGAUCGUCAUGCAAACAAUUUUCCAAACGAGAAGAACUACGACUCAUUGUUUGGUACCCCAGACUAUAUUCUUAAGCGGACGUCAAUGACAACAAUAAACAAACCGUCAGUGGCAACAAAUCCACCCGUGACAACGAGACAAUUUCACCGUUCCAUCUACUGGUUGGUGCAUAAUCGACGAAAAUACGGUUUCCGACAUGUAUGCAUGAUUCUUCUCGUGCUUGUGUACACAUUGCUUGGAGCGGCUAUGUUCUUCCAUAUAGAGGCAAAUUAUGAACACAAGGUAGUUGCUGAACGUAAAGUCGCACUUGAUAAAAAUGUCGCCAUUAUAGCCGAGCAGCUGAUUCCGCUUAUAUAUCCCUACUAA